AGUUCGAAUCAGGUUCCAAAAUCCUGGUUGUAUUCACGCGACCGGUUUUUAUUGUGUAUUUUUAAGCAUAUUUCAUUUCGGUUCUGCAGGGAGGAGAAAGCGGCGAAGUCUAUCGUGAGCUGCACCACGCAAAUCUACUUGCAAAGAGUUUCGUACGUGAAAAAAUGAACGCGGCUUCAAAUAAUACGUCAUUUUUAUUCACAAGUGAAUCAGUCGGAGAAGGCCAUCCUGAUAAAAUAUGCGAUCAAGUUUCCGACGCCGUGUUGGAUGCGCAUUUGAGCCAAGAUCCAAACGCGAAAGUAGCUUGUGAAUGUGCAUCGAAGACAGGAAUGAUUAUGGUUUUUGGUGAGAUUACCUCCAAUGCACACAUUGAUUACCAAAAAGUUGUUCGUGACACCAUCAAACGCAUUGGUUAUGAUGACAGCAAAAAAGGAUUUGAUUACAAAACCUGCAAUGUGUUGGUUGCUGUUGAACAACAGAGCCCUGACAUUGCUGCAGGGGUGCAUGUUGGACGGAAAGAUGAGGAGAUCGGUGCAGGUGAUCAAGGUCUAAUGUUUGGGUAUGCAACUGACGAGACAGAGGAGUUGAUGCCUCUUACCGUAGUUCUCUCUCACAAACUGAACCAAAAAAUGGCAGACAGCCAACGUGAUGGUUCCAUCCCAUGGCUUAGACCAGACACCAAGACCCAGGUUACCGUGGAAUAUAAGCACGUAGGGAGUGUUCUUGUGCCGCAACGUGUCCAUACGAUUGUUGUCUCAGCGCAACAUGCUGAGGAAGUUACUACAGAGGAGUUAAGGAAAGUUGUCAUGGAGAAAAUUGUCAAGGAAGUCAUUCCAGCUAAAUACUUGGAUAAUAAGACAAUUUACCACAUCCAACCAUCUGGAAGGUUUGUGGUUGGAGGUCCGCAAGGUGAUGCUGGGCUGACUGGACGCAAAAUUAUUGUUGAUACCUAUGGUGGGUGGGGAGCACACGGGGGUGGUGCUUUCUCUGGAAAAGACUCAUCAAAGGUGGAUCGUUCUGGUGCAUAUGCAGCAAGAUGGGCUGCAAAGUCUCUUGUCGCAGCCAAGCUUUGCAAGCGAUGCCUGAUUCAGAUUUCGUAUGCCAUUGGUGUUGCAGAGCCUUUGUCAGUCACAGUCUUCUCGUACGGCUCUGGAGAAAAAAGUGAUGAAGAGUUGUUAGAAAUUGUAAAAAAGAAUUUUGAUUUUAGGCCUGGUGUGGUUGUCAGAGAUUUGAAACUAAAACGGCCAAUUUUUGAAAAGACAUGUAUCUACGGACAUUUCAAACCAGGAAAUGACUUUACUUGGGAACAUCCUAAAAAGCUUGUAUUCUAAAAUGAAAAGAUGUUAAAAGAAACCUAAGCCCUAUAGCUACUUUCAUUGACCAUUUCUUCCUAUAUAGAAAAAUUCUGCGUAUACAUAUAUAUUUUUUAUUUGAUGUGGCAUUUAAUCAAUGUAUAGAAUCAGAAACUUUCACAAGUUAGGUAGUGCUUUAACAUAUUAUUUUUAUCAUGUUAUACUCUAUCAAAUUGUUUAAUUAUGGUCAAAUAAUUUUAAUAAAUGACCAAGUGCCCAACAUUGCUGUAGACAGGAAGAAUUUAAUUCAAAAAAAUGAUAUCUUUACAAUACACAGAAAUCUACUGUGCUAAAAAUUAAUUAUAUGAAACUGAACAGCAAAAUGUCCAACAGUCCUAUAAUAUAUGCAUUUAUAACUACCAAUUAUCCAAUUUGACAAACUAUUUGCCAGUAA